UGCAAUCCGAAAACGAUCUCCGUGACAGCUGAGGUAAAAAGUUGUGUUUGUAUUGGAAAAGCUUGUGAAAAAUCUUAAUUAUUCCGAGCCAUCUUUUAGUUUUAAGUUUCAAAUAUUAUACCAUACGAAAUAUAAAAAACAUACCAAAUGGCUGAAGCAGAUAAAUUGAACAUUGAUAGUAUAAUUGCCCGUUUGUUGGAAGUACGAGGAGCACGACCUGGUAAAAAUGUACAGUUAACCGAGAACGAAAUCAGAGGAUUGUGCUUGAAAUCCAGAGAAAUUUUUCUUAGCCAGCCGAUUCUACUAGAAUUGGAAGCUCCCCUCAAAAUUUGCGGUGAUAUUCAUGGGCAAUAUUAUGACCUCCUUCGUCUUUUUGAAUAUGGAGGGUUCCCCCCAGAAUCCAAUUACUUAUUUUUGGGAGAUUAUGUAGAUCGUGGAAAACAAUCUCUUGAAACAAUUUGCUUACUACUGGCAUACAAAAUUAAAUACCCAGAAAACUUUUUUUUGUUGCGUGGUAAUCAUGAGUGCGCUUCAAUUAAUCGUAUUUACGGAUUCUAUGAUGAAUGCAAAAGGAGGUACAAUAUAAAGUUGUGGAAAACAUUCACUGACUGUUUCAAUUGCCUACCUGUUGCUGCAAUCGUAGAUGAGAAAAUAUUCUGCUGUCACGGAGGAUUAAGUCCUGACUUACAGUCAAUGGAACAAAUCAGAAGGAUAAUGAGGCCAACUGAUGUGCCUGACCAGGGGCUCUUAUGUGACUUGUUGUGGUCUGAUCCAGACAAAGACCAAAUGGGCUGGGGCGAAAAUGACAGAGGGGUCAGUUUUACUUUUGGCGCAGAAGUCGUAGGGAAAUUUCUGCACAAACACGACUUUGAUUUGAUAUGUCGAGCGCAUCAGGUUGUUGAAGACGGGUACGAAUUUUUCGCAAAACGACAACUUGUUACUCUCUUCAGUGCGCCAAACUAUUGUGGUGAGUUUGAUAAUGCAGGUGCGAUGAUGUCAGUUGACGAAACAUUGAUGUGUAGUUUUCAAAUAUUAAAACCAGCAGACAAAAGGAAGUUUCAGUACAACAUGAAUGCUGGUAGACCUGUAACACCUCCGAGGGGUGCCACGAAUAAAAACAAAAAGAAGUGAAUUGAUGUAUACAUAAGGUUAGGGUUAGUUGAAACAUGAUUAUAACAUUUUUUUAUCAUUUUAAAUACUAAAAUUUAAAGUGAGGUAGUAAUAACUUUCAAAUGUUUUUUAAAUGUUUUGCAAUUUUUUGUUAAUCACUUCUAGUAGGUUAGGAUAGUAAAGUGGAUAAUUCAGUAUAAUUAUCUUGUUACAUCAUUAAAUCUUAGUAUUUAAAAUGUCGAAUCUGGGCCGUUUUACUUUAUUUCAUAUUUGGUAUUACAUUAACAGUAAUAUCUAUUUAUUGAAUUGAAAUAAACUCAUAGGUAGAA